GCGUUCAGUUCGCUCGGUUCGUUGGACCACGUCGCGUUUUUGUCAAAGUAGCGCAAAUUACUUAAAAUAAACAACGAAACUAUUGGAGCAGCCACCGAGUCCACAGCAAAGCCACAGACAUUUCACUCGCCGUUCCUAAUUCAAUUGCAUUUCGCUGCUGUUUGCUGUAUUCGCUGAGUCUCGCGCGGCGUGAAGAGCGAAAGAGAAAAUAGAAGCUAAAACAUGAAUUUGAAAAUCAAUUUGAAUUUCGUUUCUAUGGCACUUGUCUGCCUUAUAUCUGUCAUUCUGUUGACUCAGACCGUUGGAAUCGGGGCAGCCGGAUCUGGAGGCGGCGCAUGCAAAGAGCUAAACAAUGUUAACUGCUAUGUGGGCCGCAACGAGGGCAACUACUGCAACAGUAAGGACCAGACGAAGGCCCUUACCCGUUGGUAUCAUGACAAGGGCGCCUGCCGGCCCUUCACCUACAAAGGCUGCAACGGCAAUCGCAAUCGAUUCUGCACGCGGGACAGCUGCGAGGCACGCUGCGGCGAUCUAUAAGUAAAAUGAAGCAGACACGCGCGCUUCAUCACAAUCAAUUAGACAUUCACUUAGUUAUUAAGUUUUCGUAUAUGUAUAUUUAAAUAUAUAAGUGCUGAGCACAAACAGAAGCAAGC